AACAGAACACGUAGGGAAGAGUAUUGAUGAAUUCAUAGAACCAUUAUCAAUAUUUAAAGAAGAUUAAUAUCACGGUGGUGGAAGUGAUAUGUUUACAAAUAGACAGGCACUUUCGACAUUGGGAAUAUAAUACAUCAUGAUCACACAUUCGUUUUUUUUAUUUAUAUUUCUGUCUGGGUUAUUCUUUUGGAUCUAUAAAUAUAUCUUUAAUCAUGAUAUGAUUCAGAAUUAUUCGAAUCGAUUGCAUUUACCCAAAUCAAAAAUCAAUGAGUAUAUCGCAUCUGGGUUGAAUUAUAAAUAUAAAUUAAAAAUCCAUCCCUUGGAUAUCGAUAAAGAUGAUGAAGAAGAAGAAGCAGAUAAUAUCGAUGAUAAAAUUCAUAAAUCAUCCCAACCUGAAGAAGGCUCACUAAAGGAGAAGCUCGUAGGAGUUAUAUUCAGUGGGACCAUCACGUUGAGUGUGGUGUUGGUUGUGUUGAUGUUAUGUGAAUUAGUUGAGUAUAUGGAUCAUGAUCUUCGAUUAUCACUAUUCCAUUUCACUAUUGAUUGUUUGAUAUUUUUAUUAACUGUCGUUCAACCAUUUUUGAUUAUAAGUUUAUUUAUUAAUCAAGAUCUCAUACCAAAGUUUCAGAAAACAAAUUAUAUCUCCAUUGGAUUAACUAUACUAUUGUUUUUAGUAUGGUUCUUAGCCUUACAUAAAUGUGGAGAUUUGUCUCGAUCAUUCACUCCAUAUCAACUGACACAAGAUACAUCAAGAUAUUAUAACAAAUCAAUCCUUGAGAAGAAAAUAAAUGAAAUAUCUAUAGCUGGUAUAACCAUCUUAGCCAUUUUAUCAGGAGUAGGAUCAACUUCAACUCCAUUUAAAUUAUUUUCAAUUGAUCAUUUACUUCAUAGAUUCUUUAGUGGAAAGCAAAGAUUUGAAAAAGUUGUUAAGGAAGGAGUUUCAGAAUCAGAUAUUAAUGCAUCUAUACAAUCAUUUAACAAUACCACUCGAUUACUUCGUAAUCGAAAACAAGAUUUGAAUAAAUAUUUAGUGGAACAUAGUGGAACGGUUUAUAAUGAUAACGUAAAUGGAGAUAUUAAUGUUAACGAUAAUAAUCAUAUGCUUAAACAUGAUGGGAAACCUCGAAAACUUGGUAAUAUAGUUCAUAAAGUUCAAUCAUUUGCAAAUAUAUCAUUCAGUGGGAAAGGUGAAGAAGAAGAAUUAAAACGAGAAAUAAAUUCAUUACAUUCGUUAAGAAAUAAUUUAUACAAUGAGACUAUCAAUAUAAUUACCAAAUAUAUUGAUAAUGAGAAUCUAAAAUUAAACACAUUUGAGAAUAAUCUAUUAAAUACAGCUUAUAAAUGGUUUACUUAUGGAUUGGCCGUUUAUUGUAUUUAUAGAAUUAUGAAUGUUUUAUUGAUUAGAUUGCCAUCACAAUUAUUCAUGAAAAAUAACUUAAAUCAAAUCACAUCUGAAUCAAGUUCAAUCAUUGAUGAAGAUCAAACUCAAAAACCAAUCCCACAAACACCAAGUAAAGAUGCCUUAGCUGUAACAUUAUCAAGAAUAGUUUUAUUCACAUUUAGAAAUAUAACUAUUUCUGAAGCUCAAUUAGCAAAUCAAUUAAGUUUUGUCUUAUCGGGAGGAUUAUUCAUCUGUUCAUUUUCAAAUGUCUUAUUAACCUUCAAAUCAUUCACAAGAUUUUUCCCGCCAUCAAGUUCAUCAUCACUGAUAACAAAAAGUUGGUUAAAACAUGUUAUAAUAGCUCAAUUAUUAGGAAUUUACGUUAUAGCAACUGCUUUAUUGAUUAGAACUAAUCUACCAUCGAAUCUAUCUACUCAAAUAUCAAAAAUAUUAUCGUUAUCAGGAAGCUCAAUUAAGAAUGUUAAUGAUUCAUUACGAGAAAUUGAUUUUAUAGAUAAAUGGUUUGAUAAAGUAUUUGGAUUUACAGUAGUGAUCACCAUGUGUCUGCUUAUAAUACGAAAGUAUCUUGAUGAAACAAAUAAUGAUCCAUAUGAUCUAGAUGAAUAUGAUGAAGAAAAUCUUUUAGAAAGACAAUAAGACUAUAGUAUUUUUUGCAAUCAAAUAGCUUAUUUUCAUAUAUAUACAGGAAACAACCCAAAUAAAUGUAAUAUACUUAAACAUACUGAUCUGUAAGACGUAAGAGAGUGCGUACAUUAUGUACCUUCUAUGCAAGGAAAUCAUAACCAAUGUAUGUAUCUUAGACCAAUAUGUCUCCUGUUAAUAAUAGUUUAAAUUUACCAUUGUUGGUUUAAUUCAGUUUGUCACAUGCUACCAAAAAUACGUCAAAAGUCUUUUUUUUCCGCUAACAAUUCAAAAAACUUCAUGUGAAUGAACGAUAACACCACUAAACCCCCACUAGCUAAUUUUUGACCCAAAAGAUUUACCAUACGAUAUUUGA